AUGUGCGAUCUGCUUUUUGUGGAGCAUCUGCAGGGAGAAAACAUCUGUUCACAUUUUGAAACUGUGCCGAGAAACUGGAAAUGUUCUGUAGGAAGUCUACGAGGAGGUAAGGGUGUUUUCAAAGAACUUUGAAAUAUUUUGAACAAAUAAUAAUAAAACAAUUCUAUUGCAGACACGAAGGCUUUCAUCCACUCCAACUGCGCAUAGUGCUACGCAUAAUCUUCAUAUCAGACUCUGUGUCAUUUGAUUGCUGGUUUUCACUGUCACGCCAUUUCAAAUCAAAACCGUUUUAAAGAUAGAGUUUAGAAUCUGAGAAAUGAAAAGAAAUAAAUAUCCUAAGAUCCUCGCCAAGAUUCAGGUCAGUACAAUCUUUCAUGUAAGAUAUUCUGACAUAUGGUUUACCUAAUAUAUAUGUAUGGAGAAACCAUGUGGGUACCCAUAUUGCUAUGAAAGCGUAAAUUCAUCUCUCGAGGAACUCAUAAACAGUUAAGUUAUACUUUUCCUAAUACAAUGAGUCUUCAUAAUUAUAGCAAAAUCCCCCAAGUAAGCUUUCACUUUUUAAACCUUAUGGCCUUAAGACAGCUCUCUGCGACCGCCAGCCGCAUCACAGGAAAGCUUAGAGAUUCAAGUGUACUGCAUCCCAAAACGAGGAACUCUUUCGAAGUGAAAAUUCGUCUGAUUGUUAUUUUUAGCUGCUUUAAUACUUGAUGAAAGUAAAAACACAGGAGGAUCGAUAAUUCUUUAGUUUGAAUUAUUUGUUAAAUAAAAUGCGUGUUGACACGGUUUAACUUCUGUUAAUCUGUUUCCAGAACGUUAUAAGGCAACACAGCGUUUUGGAAAAGAGAGAAUAACCGUGACAAGACAAACCAUGGCAGACGGAAUCACUGGAUCAAGAAGAAGGAGUAUCCAAAGAUAACAAUAACCACAAUAUAAAACCUUUUGAAAUUCUACUAUUAAGGCAUUAAAAGUGGUGGCUUAACUUCAACCUACUUCAAAAUUAAACUCUGUGCGUGGAAGUAGUAUACUAUUUUAUUUAUACCAUGAAUGUUCAGUGGUCACUCCUCGACAAAAAACGGAUUCAACCUUCCCCCCUCCACUACCCUCCACUGCGGCAGAGAAAUAACAAGUCUUCUACAAGACUAUAAGCUGCAAAAGUAUUGCAGACUGGAGGAAACGUGCCUGAAGACGCACAAACCUACAAACGUUGUCCCACGCGAUGCAUUUUCAUCUUUUACUAUAUAGGAUUUUUUUUUUUUCACGAGUCACUUUAUAGCUUCGUUUAACCACAGUUUGAAUUUAAAAAUCGUAUGGAAAGUUUUAUUUUUCGAACGAUGGGGUCAGAGGCAAGAAUUACAUCAAAUACGACACGCAGUGUUUAUCCGAUAUCCUGACAACGAGAAGUGGAAGAAUUGCAACCGAUUUAAAGGUGCCCGGAUGUCGGAUGAAAGCUGUGUGGAAUGGUUGAUACUGAGCUACUCAAAAUAACAAAAAAUUGUUGGGGAAAUUCAACGCUAAACUUCCUAAAACUUGAAGCGAACAAGCCAGAGGCUACAAUUUCAAUUUUAUGCGGAAGAUCGUUUGAUCGACGUAAAAAAUUCUUAAGUACAGAAGUAAAAAAACCUUUUCACCACUUCAUGAGUCCACUCAGUUUAAGUUUGCAGUUUUGUUAAGAACAAGGACUUUCAUUGAAAAAGAAAACAGUUUUAACACUUUUUCGAACUGAGUUGAUUUUUGCCGUUUACAACGUACUAUAUAAUUUGGUAGGAAUAAUUGGUUGCCAUGUUGGUGUCCCAAACAAAUCCUGUAUAAGUUUUCUUCUAAAUUUUGUUUGGGUAGACCCCAAAAAAAUUUAGAAGGGUUUGUAUGGAGUUUUCUAAGCAUAACUGGACUACUAUCUCAGAGACAAUUUGCCCCCAAAUGCUCAUCUUUGGCAAGUAGGCCUCUUGGACAUUGUUCUUUCAGAAUAUCCUGACAAAUCCCAUAAUUUCAGAAAUUUCAUUUUUAUGACGUCAUCACUUUCGUACUCUAUACAAACGCGUCCAUUGGUUCCAAUAAUUUUUCAUAGAUGCUGAGUGAUCGAAAACGCUCUAUACUAGCUUCGUCCCCAGGCCAGUUCGUUCUUAACAGAUGACGUCUCAUCAGAAAAGGACGACUGGCGGCUACUGAAAGUCAGUAUAAAACAGAAAAAAAAUCCUUUAAACUUAAACAAACCUGAAACAAACAAAGACAGAGAUUUGUUUCGCAAAUAUUCCAAUUGUUUUUUUCUGUUGGCAAGAGUUCGUUCUGUGUAGCCUUAUGUUCAAAUUGCAGUCUCCCGCUUAAAGAAACUAUAUUUUCUAAAAAUUCAACAUGAUUUAACCCUCGUGGUACAAGGGGGGGGAGGUGUAUGGAACCCUCCCCGGAGUUUUUGAUAUGUUGCAGUAUUUCGAAACGAUUUAACCUUUAGUGGAAAGCCUUUGAUCUUCUCUACAAGUUGAGGUAUAUUUUACGGGAGGUGGCGCUGCUGGAGGCUUGUGACGUCAUCAACAAUGGUCGCCAUCUUGGAUUUUACCAAGAAUUAGCAAUCAGGUUAAAACCGGGAGAAAUAUUAAUAUUUUUGUGCUUUACAUGAAAAAUAACACAUAAAUAAGCACUAUUCAUGAUUUUAGCCACAAGAUUUACUUUUAUUGUUGAAAGAAGUUGAAAAAACAUGUAUUUUCACCUAAAAAUGGCUUGAGCACCUGCUUCUUACGACGUCAUAUCUCGUAACCAUAGCAACUGACCACCACUGAACUUGUAUUAAAAAAGUGCGCGAGGGAUGAACGAACAGCUACUGAAAACGUCUAGUACUGAUGUUUUAUCCUCUAGGAAAAAACGCAGAAAAACCUUAGUGGGGGGCGAGGGGGGGGGGGGCAUAUCCUCUCCCCGCCACCGGUUGUACGUCCGAGGGUUAAGAGUUGCAAUAUCUUCUCGGUGUAUAUAUUGGCUACGACACUUUGGAGGGAAGCGUCCGAACUCUUUUUGGCGGAAGUUUAUCGUUCGAAAAUUUUCCAUCAAUAGAUUUUCGUGUUUGGAUUACGUUAAACGAGAGAUAACCUUUUUUGAUCACGAUACCUUUUUCAGCUUUCGCUAGUUGGGCUCGCUGCCAUGGAAACACAAUAAAAUCAUGAGAAGAACACGCAGUCAAUUGUGCUUCUCAUUGUUACCAUAAUAGGCCUUUUGCAAUAGUUGACCACGUGAUCAACUUCUGUGAAAACGGUAAAUUUUGUUAGCAGGAACUGAAAGAGCAUAUUAAAAUUAGGUUACCUGCUAAUUUUCAGCUGUAUAUAUAAUUAUAUAUCUUAAAAGUAGCGAUUGCAACGGCCGACGAAAAGCUAAGUAGAAGGAUUUGAAUGGGAAAGCAACUCUUGAAAAUUACAGGUUACCUAAUUUUAAUAUGAUCUUUCAGUUCCUGCUAACAAAAUUUUCCAAAAGCGAACUGUUUUCGUGUUGAGUUGAUGACGUGAUCAACUAUUGCAAAAAGGCCUAUUGUUAAAUGAGCCGGCACUUCUUUCACCUGAAAGCGAACAGAAACCACAAAAAUAGAUCUGGAGUCAAAACAAAUGCCACGAGGCCGAGCUGUUUCGGUUUCUUCUUGGAUUUUAUUGUUCACCAUCCUUAAUUUUCCCCACCCCACCCUCCAGUUUUAAGUGGCCAAAUUCAAUUAACUUGAAACAAUCAAUUGAAAACGUCCAACCGAAACCGAAAAAAAAAAUGUAGCUUUGAUCAUUAUCUUCCUAUUGAUCUGACGUCAUUAGUUCGCUUCGUACCUGACCUCUAAAUAUAUAUUGCUGAAGAAUAUGUUUUUGUAUGUUUUGACGAGGACCGGACGGAUAGAACACAGUGUGCGUGGGUACUACUGAGUGCAUCUGGAGUCAGGCAAGGAUGCAAGUUCCCGCACGUUUGGAGGAUUAAUCAGUUACUCAAUCUAUUGAGAAUCAGAAUGUCUACCAAAAAAUUACGAGAACUACAAGAGAAACUAUUGCGACCUCAAAAUGGCGGUAAGGGUGUAGCAAAGAAAUUUCUUAAACCUUUCUACUCCCAAAGGUGGCCAAUGUUAAAAUUCAGCAAAUGUUCUCAAUUUCAUUUUGUGAAGCGCUAAAACGCAAUAGUACCGUGCGACAGUAUCGCCAAAGGCGUUUCCACAGACCCAAACGUUAGAACCACAAGACUCUUUCAUUCACCCUGGCAGUGAAAGGUGACAAGGCCAUAGUUCCCUUCUUAAAGCACUUUAAAUAUCACGAGAUUAAAUGAGGAAACUGCCUGCUACUAAAUUACGAUUUAAGCCAGAAUACAUAAACUGAGCUGUAGUUACUUCCUUACUUAGAUUUGAAAAUAUGACUUCGAGCUGAAAGUAUAGUGCGGUUCAGUAUUUGAGGUUUUAGUUAUUUUUACCUUGUCCAACGCCUAUGAGCUUCGGUUUUCAAGCAGGCCCAGGAGCUCAUAGCUAGCUUAUCAUCCUGGCUGGCCGGAGUAACUUAAGUCGAAACAAAUUCAAGUCCAACUCACCAAAUCGCAAAGAUAUUCAGUUCUAUACAGUAUCUAUGACAGUCACUGGCAGACGUACGGAAAACUAUGGUGUAUUACUAGGGUGGCCUCUAACGGUCAUCGCGCAUUAGACGAUCUCGCCAACUCCUAAUGAUUCAUGUCAGCAUACUCUUUUAUACUUAGGUGCGCUUAUUUCCUUAAUUGAAGUACAAAAAUAAGCCUUAAACCUGAAGGGUUGCGGUCGGUUAUAUGAGGCUUUGAGUUCAGUAAUUUUUACCUUGUGAAACACCUAAAUGCUUCAGCUUCUAAGCUUUCUGGAGUAAUUUAGCUCGACAAAUUUCCAAACCUAAAUCAUCAAAACGCAACUGGCGAACUUUACUACGCAGAUUAUAUCUACCGCACGAUAUCUACAGUCACCUACGGGCAGCUGUAUGGAGAAGGUGGUCGGACUUUUGACGAUCUCACCGACCUCAUCUUACCGUCCUGGUCUACAUGUUGUUUGAUUUGAAAUAGAUUAAACGUUUGAGCGCGCUAUAUUCAGACUACCAAUGCAAGUAAAGUAGAAAUUGUCGAGUUUCUCCUGAACAAGUUGCGGAAGAAUUGCGCCGAGAUCGCUAACUACAAUCGUUGAAGAGUUGUUACUACACAAUCCGCGAAGGCAAUUGGCGCAGAUCAUAAACCGAGGUAUCAGUCUUACCCUGAUCAAAGAUUCAUUCUUAAAUUAUAAAACUCAGCAUCGCGGAACAAUCAAAGUUGCUAAUUUUUAAAUCAGCGGACUGUCAAUCAGGCUACAAUUCACAAAAGAGAGAUAAGGAAACUACACUCUGACUUAAAAUAAGAACUUUAAUAGUUAUGUUUGCAUAUUCGUUUUGCUUACUCUCCUUAAUAACACACUAUUUGUUAUUAGUUGGCUUUAUAUUGUAUUGUAUUUCGCAUAACUGAAGUUUGAAUGGGUCAGUUUUGCAUCCGGAUGGAAAGAAGCGGAUGUCGUCUUUUAGGAUCGAUAGUAAGUAAAAAUGUAUUUUCCCUUGAAUAUAAGGAAGGGACGGUGGCUGCGUGACAUACUUCAGUCAUGCAGAAAACUGUUUUUCAUAUGAUACUUUAUCAGUUCCUCAUCAUGGCCCAGGAUGAGGAAUAUCUUUCAGAUCACUGAACAACUGUUUCUGAUUCACAAAAUCACUGCUGAUCAGGAGGACUUUUAUUGCUACACCUAGCAUUUACUCGGGUCGGCUUCCGCUAUUGGCCUGCUCAGUCGGAGAAAGAAAGUCAUCAAGUCUACAGCGUGAUGUGGCUAAGAUGGACGGUCGUGUGUUUGAGUGCUCCGCGUAACAUCUCGUAAAUUUCUAAUGUUUAAGUGUUCCUUCUUCUUUCUUCUAUUUGUUUGGUUAUCUUGUUUCGUGUGUCAUAUUAUGCUUGAGUGUAAAUCGUUAUGUACUUGCCUUGUUUUAUGUUAGUUUAAAUUCUAUUUACUGUGUAGUAGUGUCUUCACUGUUAUUUAGUCCAUCAAUCUUGUUUUGAAAGACGUCUUCAGCUCCCCCCGCCUCGAUUAGCUUAUAAGCUAUUUGCGGGCGGGAAAGUAAUGUAAUUACUUAUUUUCCAAUUUUCAAUAAAAUUUGUUGUUUGUUUUGUUUGUAGCGUGGCCGAUGUGGUGCGUGGCCACAGACGGAAUUAAGCAAUAAAAAUGGCAAUAUUAGUAGGUCUUAGUUGCUGUAGCUUAGUUCAUCUUGCACCUCUACAAGCCGGUGGGUCUCAAUGGGGUGUUGGUUCUAAAGUUGUAAUUCGAUCCCAUUCACUCCUGGGGAAUUUUGCCGAACAACGCAAUUUGAAGUUCAGGUCGAGCUGUUUCCUGUUUCCUGUAUGCCUGGCUACAAAGAGCUAAAACUUACCAAAAAGCCGUUUACAGGUCUUGCACUUCGUGGUCUUCUGUUUUAAAGAUGCCGGUCCAUUAAGGAUCUUGAAUGUAAACUAUGCCUAGUAGGAAGAUACAAUAUAAGAUGCUCUGGUGGGCAGUGACAUAUACAAUCCUGAAGACCAGUUGAAAACUUUGGAAUCUCUUGCGAUCCUUUAGACUCUGUUAGUGUUAAAUAUCAAUAAUCAGAAUCUUAUAAACGAAAUAAACUGCAACUGAUUCAACUAAUAUGAAAAUUUUCUGCAUAAGCUUUACUCGCAGCACCUCACUCACUAAUGGAAACUACUGGGUGGCAGUCUAGCUAAAAGCGGUGCACUCGAUUUCGCGACCAAAAGUAGUUUUCCUUUAUUUUUUGUUGGUGCAGAGGCUUUAGUAGGCAUACACUAAAAUCGGUAUUUUUAUUUUCAAAUUCUGUUUCUUUUAAUAGCCCUGCUACAAGCCAAAAACGAAUUGAGUCCGUCUCGGCCUCUCAGAGAGUGUUUGAAAGACAAAAAUGAUGGAUUUUGAGAAGCGCGUCAGCAAACAAACGAAUGCCCGCACAAAAAAAGUGUUCAAUUCAGUUUUUUAGUUAACUUUAGAUAGUUCACAGGCUAAAUAAAAGUAUCUUCGAUAAAAACAUUUUCAAGUUACAGUUGGUUCAAAGACUACCUGUUUUGCAGGCUUAAUCCAAAAACUAAAAGAAAAGAAGAUUUGAGGAAAAAUAUCUCAAAAGUUGCGGUCUACAUCUGGUAUAAAAAUCAUAUUAAAGUAAAGUUUUAAGCUUACUUGUUUGGUUUAUAGGUUCAGAGGUGCUGGUAUCUUCUGAGAUUGCAACCAACAAUAGAUUGUAAUCUGCCAUUAUGCGUAUUUGCAUAAAUAUAGGCCGUGUCGGAUAUCACGAUUGUACAGGUUAAAAGUUGCGAGGAAUUGCCUCUAUUUUGCCUCCACUACACAACCGAACACACAAAACAACACUUGGAGGCAUGGGCGCGUCGGUCAGCCGGGCCCAUGAUACACUUUAUUAACUCACGUGAAAAACUCCACUGUUACAGUAAUUCUAAGAACACGCCACAGCCGGACAUGUAAACUUGAAAAAAACAACUAUUGGAAAAAUAGGCACCGUGUACUGGCCCCAACUUAUGCUGUGGCAUCGCCUUUGGGGUUAUAAGGCAAAACUAAUAAAAUAAAGCCUAAUAACAUGAAUACGAGCAGAAAACGAGAUGCUACAUAAAAUAGCUAAGAAGCAUAGGGACCAGUACAGAUGGGAACGAAAUUAAGGCUAACAGAAUAAGCGAAAACUAAACUAAACAAAGCAAGUUGACGCGGCGAGGCCGUAGAAUGACACGCAUAACUAAACAGUCACUAAAUCAAACCCCCUAACCGCGAUCCCUCGCGCGCUAUACUAGAACCCAGCUCUCCGUUCUGUGCCGGCAAAAUCGUAAUUUAUGUCAAUUCUAAUUUAUACAAAUUACAUUUUGACACUUUAAUUCGUCUCUGGCCUCUAAAAGGAAGUGACUAAUCUUUUUUUACUACUUUUGAAACGAAAGAGAUAUAUUAACAAAUGUUACAAGGAUGGUCACGCAUGUUGCUGAUUACCACGAUCAACUGGCGGGACGCCAGCGCCUUGUAACUACCUGUACCAAGAGAGGAUUAGAAGACAGUGCUUUUAAUGGAAUUCUCUAGAUCAGAAGUUGAUUCAAGCUCUCUCAGUAAUAAAAAUCAAGAUGACGACCUAGGGAAACAAAACAUCUACAAGAAAGGCAACAUUAAAUUUGAAGUCCUUUCGGCUACAAUUUCAGAGUGAAUCUCAGAUCACCGCGGUGCAUAAAUUAUUGUAAUAAUCAAAAGUUCGGCACAACAAAAACAAGUCAUCUAACCGUUUUAUCUGUUCUCGGUACAUAAGAAGGUUACCUUCUCUGUAGAUUCUUGAUGGAAAAAGUCGAGCUGAAGUAAUGCCUUUUCGUUUAUUUUCACAAUCAAAUCAUAGCGUGAUUUUUCACGUAAUGUUAUGGUCGCGUGGCCACGUAACUGGCAAAAAUCUUUUAAAUUGUGACGAGAUUCUGAAUCGAAACGAAAGUGGAAACGUCAGAAAAGAAAGGCACAAGAUUACACAAGGCCUGACCAAUCUCACAACCGAUAAGCCACGAGUUAGUGUACGACGUUGACGGGUAAUAGGGGACGCAGAAUAUCGCAUACAGUAGAUCGGACAUGGCCAUGUUUGCGAUGAAAUAAUUUAUCGUUUUUCUUAAGGUUGGCGUUUUAUAAACGAUCAACACAAGGAAAUUAAAGAAUUUGCCAUUAACGAAACAGCAUGCUGAAGAAUCAGACUCAAAGCAAUGGUCUGUCCGAUUUUGUACGCUGUGACACUAAAGCAGCUUGAAGACUCGAUCGUUCCAUUCCCUGUUACUGAGUUCAUGUUUGCUGACCUCUAAACAGCACGGUGCUCGGUGUUCACUUAAGUAACUAGUAUAAUAUCAGCUGCUCGAUUUGUUAAUCGAAGUACUGGUUUCAUCUUGUUACUGAUCACCCUACGAGCAUAGCCUCUUCUUGAUCGAGGAGGAAAAACAGGAGGCUCUGCCUGAAUGACGCCAUGCCCCUAAAGUCGCUACAGCCCAAACUUCUGCACUAGUCAAUGUUGUUUUCUCUCGUCAAACCGGUUUUUUCUAGUGCAAGCAUCUGUUCGAUAAACUGAUGGUCAUAACCGAGCCCGCUGUAACAGGCGCUCGGCUAUUAGGCCUUGGUUCGAAAGCAACAUGGCGCGCAUGCUCAACAGAGAUCUCAUUAAAGCAGAGUCUUUCUCGAGUACGCCAAAAGCGAAAGAAAGGCUCUUCGGACAGGGUGGUUACAUGUGGUUACUAAUAAGCCUAAAGAACUUGCCAGCCCCGAUCAGGUGAUUGUAUUUAUAGCUUACUCGAAAGGGAGCUCACUGAAACGAUACGUGUUCUAAAAAAAAUACACAAGUGAGCCAAAUUUAAUCUUGGCUGUACGCUUAUAAACUACGCAUUUUUGAGAUUACAAAAGCGGAAUUAAAAAUUUUAAACAGCGACAAAAUGUCUAUAAAAGCUUUUUCAAACUGGUGAUGCUUUAAUUCGGCUGUUUUUGUAAAAUAAUAAAAUCCAAGUAUUUGAUGCAAGUAACAGUUUUUGGGCAGGUGAAAUAAGAGAACUCCAACGAUAUCCUGCAACUCUACUGCUUUAACCGCGGCAGGAUAAGCACAGUCGGUAGAGCUUCGACUGUAGAGAGGGAGGUCGUGGUUUUGAUUCCCAGGGCCAAACCAAUACUCAAAGUCAUAAAAUAACUCAAAAAUGAAGGUACUACCUUUGCUCUGCAAAUGGCGAGACCUUUGCGUGGCUUGGAUGACGGCGUAAAAUGGCGGUCCUGUCUUUAGUACGAGACGUAGUAACAGUGCAUGUCCUCAAUUAGUACUUUUGUGCUAAAGAACGAAUAUAUUGACAGAUCAACAAUUUUUUUACGUAUGCCCGCAUGUGUUACGGCCAUUUUAUCCAACCGGUCCCUGGCCCUCUUACUGUGUUUUACUUACACAGCUAAUACAAAGAGAGGUUAAGCACCACGUCACUACGGCAAACAGCUAACAGAAGCCUACCUAUUGGCGUCUGCUGUCGGUAAUCAUCGCUUCUUGCGCUUAAACUUCGUGAAUGUAAACAGACAUUGGGCUGAGUUCUGUGAUCUAAAGGAUGGCGAGGUUUUAAUUUCUGAACUUACUACUAUCAAUUCUUUUAUGUGCCAAAACAAAAAUUCAUAAAAACAGCACUGUAAAGAGGCAUACAUUCCAUUGUAUCCGAAAACGGUCAGUUUUUACUUGCAGUUUCGGCAUGGACGUUAAAACCACCUUGAAACCGCGGGUAAAUAUGAAAAGGGCGAGAAACAUCACUUGGCAAUCUGCUGCCAGUAAAGAUUUACAUGCUGGUUGAUCUGUCUAAAGUAUAGGACAAGGUGAAGGCUACUCUGAAAUUCGAGUAUAUAUAAAGAUCAUUUAUGAAUGUUAUUGUUGUCUGCUUGUUUUUACAGGAGCUCCUUUCCAGAAUUCACCGAGUGGUCGAUCGAGCUGGUUUUCGGGAGAACAGUCCACAUCAAGGCCUUACCUAGGGCAUCAUUCCUUUCCCCCACUGCAGGGAUUAGAUGAGCCGACCAGCCUUCAAAGACAGACGGAAUAUCUGAGCAGUUUCAGGGAAACGGCGACGGAUGAAAAAUUUCCAGGCUUCGAUACGAGUUCUCAACAAACGGCGCAAAUGGGCGUCUCCUGGGACAGUAUCUUCGGGCUGGAGAGUUCGUCCUCAACUAGCCUCAAUUCCUCCUCCGGCUAUUUUGAAAGCAGUACCGAAAUGUUACCAUCGUCCUCGGUUUUUUCUUUCGGACAAGGCUCUGGCCAUUCUUUGGGUCAAUCCGAGACUCCAGAAGGUCCGUCUCAUCGCAACCAGCAACCUUCCACUGAAGGCCACGAGUGCGGAAUAACAAGUUGCGACCAAGAGGUCAGCGACUUAAUUGGAGUGACUCCAUUCAACGCUGGAACGGAGAUUGAUUUUCAGAGCUAUUUGAUACAAGAUGCGAAAGUGGAGGUGGAUUUCUAUGAUCUGGAAAACCGCGUGUUCGAGAAGCAACAGAGUCGAAAAGACAAGCAGGCACGGCAGCGAAUAAUCAAUGGAAAGGUGAAGUUUAUGGUUUUCUCUGAUUGUCAGGUGAAGGAUGUUCGUGUGUGGGUCCGCAGAGAAACUAAGGCUGCCAAGCUGGAAAAAGAUGAUAAUGGCAUGGUGCCGAUCCAGGCUAUUCUGCACAGAAAAGAUAACCGCAAUGUAAGGCAAUAUAAAAACAUAAAUAAAUAAGCACAUAAAAUAGGAAAAUAAGUCAAUACGGUCGAACUUCUUUCACGACCACACCUCCCUAGCAACCAUCUACCAUAAGCGCCUAGCUAUCCCAAACACCAAAAUACGAUCCAAAUUUUCCCAGCCAAAGCCCUAUAAUAACAAUUGCGACCACCUUUUGGCCUGAUAGUUUCGUAGUUUCAUUGUUUUUAACAUCUUUUCAGAGCCGCCGCUUGACACUUGGUGUGGUUCUUAAUUGUUGGUAGUAUGUCACGCCACUCAAUGUACACGAAAAAUUUUCAGUGACAACAUGGAAUUACACGUAUGGAUAACUUCAAAAUUACAUGCAAUAAUAAAUUCUCUGCCAAAGAGUAGAUGUGUCGGGACCACCUGUGUGUAGUUCGCAUCCACUAUGGUGGUCGUUAAUGGGAGGUUCGACUGUAAGCAUCAAAUGAGGUAGCACAUCCUGCUAGGGGUUCUUCGUCUGCUACUUCGGAUGAACAGGAUUAAAAAUAGUUUCAAGAGCUGUGCAGUCGUAGUCAGAGGUUUAAAAAGAAAUCUAAACAAGACCCAAAAGGCCUCAAGAUUCCAUAGCGUUCAAGGAAAGCGUUUUCGAAUGGGAUAACUCGUGGGAGGCACAAAUUGUAUUUUAAAAGUACAAGAUUUCUGUAAGCUCCAGACGUACGUACUUACAUGCAUUCACCUUUAGGGUUUUCGACAAAGCUGAUCAUGAGAUAUCAGUUGUAAAAAGCAAGUCGAAAAUUUUCUCCUGUAGAUGGUUGAGUACCAAGUGGACCUAGAUUCUGUCUAUGAGAUUGAGGGUUCCAAACGACCAGUAUACAAAUUGGCCAAGGUUCACACGCAGGAGAGAAACAAAUUUGAGCUGCUGGUUCAGGUUACCUUCGACAAUGGCGAAGUCAGUGAGUGUUUCACGUCUAAGCCUUUCUUGAUCAAGACAAAACGAAUCAACGAUGAAUCAGCAGGUACGAAAAUUGAUUUUUCAAGUUAUGACAAAAAUUGUAUUAAUUGGUGCAUAUUGUUAGUCGAAAAGAAGUGUAAAACAUACCCCUUUCUAGAGUAAGACCACAAUAGCCGGAGCCGCCUCAAUUACUAUUAUCAAAAUAUAGCUGUCAGUUCCUGUUCAACGAAAAUUAAGUCAAGUGGCAGAGUCUUCUGCCGCUCUUCAUAAUGGAAGACUUAAUUUUAAAAGUAUCGACCAGAAUAGAAUACAAUAACGAGCCUACCGGCCUAGGUAAUCAUAUUACUGACAGUGUAUAUCUACAAAAGCAGACAAAAAAAACUACCAAUGCUAACUGCCUGAAUAAAUGCACAAUAAGGUAAUAAAAAUCGAUAAUAAUAAUUUCUUAAAGCGAAAAUGGAUAUUCAUGCAUUCAAAAUCUAAAAUACAACAAUGUCCUUUUUCAGUAAUCUACCAUCAAUCAUGUAAUCUUCGCGAAUUAGUUUAAGAAGCUAAACAACGACUGUCAAUUAAUCUAAAGAGAAUUCCGAACCUUUUUACAAUGUCACGGCCAGUUGAGUGUAGAGGAAGCUAGCGGGUAGUUUGUAACACAUUUUGUGUCGUCGAGAUACGAAUUACCUUAUUUCAAAAUCAAAUAAGAUUACUACUUCAAUGCAAAACAAUGGCUAUUACUCAAUACAUGUAAAACGGUCCAUAGUGAACCUCUAAAUAUUCUCCUAAUAGACCAUUUCCGUUUUCCAAAAACUCUUACUUUCAAAUGAGGCUAAGUGUAAAACCUUCAUUUUGAGAACGAGUUUUAUUUUUUUUUUUUUAUUUGCAGCAGGAUAAAAAAUCAUUUUCAUAUCAAUGGCUUCGCACUUAGCCUCGCUUUAAAACAGGGGCUAGAGGCAACUCGAAAUGGCCUAUUGAUUUUGCCGCUCAUUCAAAUACCAUUUUUGCAUUGAUAGGUCGGCUUCUAAAACGAUGCUCAGUGUCUUGAUACUAUGUUUUAUAGAAUCUGCCUUAUACUCUAAAGGGAAACGCAAAAGACCAAGCACAUGUCCAAGUAGCACAGCAAGAUGGGUAUCCCAAGGAAAGCACCAGCCAACAAUGGUCACCCAGAAAACCUUGCAAACCGAGGCCGACUCAACAGGUUAGAUCUACGCUCUUCUAAUCUGCACCAGCGUCUAUUCCAAAAUGGUUAUCAAUUAAUUGCCGAACGCAACUUUGGCACUAUUUUUGCUGUACUUAAUAAUGUGAUUGGCUAAAGCGGGUCAUGCCACGCCAAGUUUUCAGCAAUUCCAUGCUUGCUCGCGUUUGUGGCAACGCUUCACAUCCAGGGUUCAAAGAAUUUGUUUGUGAUUUUUGAUUGGUUUCUUUUAGACUGACUGUCUAUCUGUAAACAACGAGAAAGUAGUCAAUCUCAAGCUAUGAAUUAGUUUUUCUCUUACGAGGCCCAAUCAAAAAUCAUGCUACUCUGCUGACGACCAGAAGAAGCUCUUUCUUUCCCUCAGACAAAAAUUUAUCUUUACUGAAAGUUCCACAUCAGCGCUCAUGUACCUAAAUACUUGUUACAAAGUAAAUAUCAAUUAAGUAGCUUAAAAACUGUCUGAAUAUAUGUUUAUACUUUAUACUUUCAAUUAGAUUCAAUGUCCCCACAGUCAAAUUCUUCAGCUGGUUCCACGACAACGGCCAGAAGCUCUGAAGGUAAUUGAACUAAAACCCAUCAUAUCCCCUUCCGCGAGUAAACUAAUAUACUCUUUAAUACUCAAGUUGGUCGCACUCAUUGACUGCUGCUCCCUUAGAUCCUAAAAAGACGCUUGUAUUAACGGUCACCCAUAAGCGGGGAAUCACUUGAUUUUUAGGAGAACAAAAGGGGGAUCAGUCGUAACUGAGACCCCAAAAGGGAGGAUCACUGAACACUUUGGAAGGAUUCAGAGGGGGGACCACUCAAAUUAGCUUGGAAAAUAAAGACAUAGGUGGGGGGGGGGGGGGGGGGGUUAAUAAAAGCAAUAAAGUGUUAUUGGGGGGGGGCAUUUAAGAGAUGGGAAAGCAACACGCGGGAAUCCAAGGAGAACAAAAGGGGGAUCAGUCGUAACUGAGACCCCAAAAGGGAGGAUCACUGAACACUUUGGAAGGCUUCAGAGGGGGGACCACUCAAAUUAGCUUGGAAAAUAAAGACAUAGGUGGGGGGGGGGCGGGAUCAUGAAAGUCAUCAAAUGUUAUUAGGGGGGAUCACUUCAGUGAAGUAACAUUCAAAGGGGGGAUCGACUAAAUUUUACCUCGUUUAGCCCCAAAUUCUCCGCAAGCCGGCUUAUUUACAACUUUUUUUUUUCAUUUUCCAUCAAGAUGCGUCACAAGUCGACAACCUAGUUGUAAAGCACCUAAAAGCCCAGCAAGCAAAUAUCGAGAGGCUUAGUUUUGGUUGCAUGAUGCAGACAUCCAGAGGCGAUAUCGCCUAUCAUUUGAGGCUUACAAACUCAGAUGUUUACCAAACUCUCGAGGAGGGAGUUGUGGUCGGUUUCUUUCCGGACGACGACGGACCAGCUACGAUUGAGCCGCUGAGCAGUGAAAAUGCAUCGCAGGCAGUAAUGGCUGGAGUGAUCAGUAGGUCAGCGUACGUUGAAGCGCAUGCUCCGUUAGAUACAGACAAAGGUGGGUGACAAUUUCCCCCAAAGCUGUAAUCCUUAUUGUCAGGACCAACAAAAAGCAGUCCCGCAAUCUUGACGUUCAAUUGACGCAGACGUAGGCAGUUUCAGAGAAUAGCAGACCAACAAACAGACAUAGGUACAAAACACUGUGGCUAUGCCUUAGGAUAAACGCGGCUGCCACUUUUUUCCACAACAUGUACAAGCAUACUGAGUGAUUUCAUAUCUAGUCAGUACUUUUGUCCCUGUUAUAUCCACUUUAUGAUACUGCGGAAAUAUUUCCAGCGGCGGAGAUGCUCAUAUUUCCCUUUUUAUUUGAUCUAUCUGACUUUGAGCAUUUUUUUAACAAUAAAAAAAUUGUAAUACUGUGACGCGAAUGAUUUUUGCUUUCGAUUGUAAUACGUGCUUAUUGCUAUGUAUGGGGUUAUAUUUCGUUGUCCAAACACACCAUAAAAAUACUGCACGAAUAAGCGUGCACAGUUUGCAGCUUUGUUUCUAAUUGUUUAUGUAGAGUGCUUGUAAACUAGCUGGAUACGCUAAGUGCACUUUCCACUAUAAACAGACCUUUAACCUAUAACCUUAAAAAAACACCAUCAAGCUGAAACAGUGAGUUUCAAUUUAUUUACAGGGCAGACGGACAUCGUUUGUGUGAUCGGAAUGGUCAAAGUAAAGAUAGUAGGAUCGGUUCGAACAGGCGAGCGCAUUUACGCGUCAACAGGCCAGCCAGGAACAGGCAUCCCAGAGUCCCAUCUGCCUUUGGGAGCGUUCAUUAUCGGAAACCACACACUGCUUGGCAUGGCUAUGGAAACCUGUAAGCCUCGUUAUCACGAUGAGGUGAAUUUGGUUAGAUGUUUCGUGUGCAUCGUACUAGGGAUCAACAGUCACCAGCUGUCGAGUGAAGUGGAGAACAUCUUGGAAAAUAUCGACAUGGAUAUCAAGGUUGCCAUUGGCAAAUCUAAUAAGACUACUUGUCGACGUAAGUCUUGCCUUCCCUGGUUCUUUAAAGGGUAAAUGCUAAAAAAAGAUCUCUUAACAGACACCUCUAUAAGACGUCUUUCUUAGAGAGAGUUGCCUGUCGACUGGAUAAGCCUUACAUACGGCACUCCCCUCAAUAUAGAGUGUUUUCACAUGACGUCACGGCGGCCAUAUUGGCGUCCCAAAACAAUGAAAUGGCGGCCAUUUUGGUUUCCCAUACCACUCCUGUGGGAGUUGAACUCUUUUCAUAUGCAAACACAGUUACGAUUAUAAUCAAACCUCAACAUGUUAUAAUCAAAACUGGAAGAACUCAUACCACUUACAGUCGACUGCCGAUAAAUCGAACCUUCAAGGGAAAUAGAAAAAAUUUCGAGUUAACGGGAGUUUGGGUUGUCGGGAGCUCGAAGAAAAUAGCUGGAGGUAUGGUGAAAAACAGUUUUUGCUGUACUGUGAACAUUUUAAUCCCAUUUUAUCGUAGAAAUGUUAAGUGAAAAUUGAAACCUUAAGAUACUUUACGAUUAUAAAUCAGAACGUACUGUAACAAAAUUUAGCCUAAAUAGAGCAUGCGUUUUACUUUUUUGAGAAGUAAAGUUGUUUCACGUUAGAUUUGUGACAAACAACAUCAGCCUCCACUAGUGAACUAUAUGUCUACAACACCUCAGUGGCCGGAGACUUCAAAAUCCAAUGUUUCGGACGCCAGUAUACUGCCUUUUCCUCCACGUUUUAAGCGCUCAAAACAUGGUUCGAGUUAUCAAGGGUAAAAUUAUAUAUAAAUGGCCUGGGGGGAAACAAAAAUUACUUCGAGUUAGCGGGAGGUUCGAGUUAUCGAAGGUUCGAGUUACAGAGCUUAAAAUUCCAGUAAACGUGUGAAUGAGAUCCAGGGGAAAUCGAUUUUAGUUCGAGUUAGCGCGAGUUUCGACUUAGCGAGAGUUUGAGUUAUCAGGAGUCACUGACUGUAAUUACCUACAUACAGUUCGGGACGACGGAUGGAGAAACAAGUCAGCUAUUGGUCAGGAGGGAAGUAGAGUAGUUUCCUCCGGACUUGUAGUUCGGUCACACUCACCAAACGCACUGAGGAACGGAGUUCAAGAAGUAUUUCAGUGCUCACAGCCGUGUUCUUCGUGUCGUCACGCAACGCUCUUCCAGCCUUGCGUGACGACACAACAAACGGCUGUGGAGCAGACGAAGUGCUCACGGGCUACAAACUGAUAAAACACUUGAGAGUGUCAAUUGAGUUCCUUUCUAAUCGAUCAACAUGGGAAGAAAAUAAACGUGGGUGACCUAUCACACUUCAGCAUCGGAAAUAAAUAAAGUUCCCGGGGGACCUAAUUCUGGAUCCGAACUCACAUGUGUCUACGAACCUAAUCUUACUAUGAAAAAACUUUCAUGAAUGAGAUUUUCUUGAGGAGAUUGAUGCGUUCGAUGUUAGGAGAACGCACGCUAAUCUCAUUUGUCUACCUUUCAAGCGCACAGUUAAAUUACAUCACAACGCCUUGCUUUCAUUCCCUUCAGGUUCGCUUUGACAAACGAAUAGCGUACACAAAAUACAAUGUAAGUUUCUGAAGGUUAACCUUGUAAAUUCCUAUGAUUAUUAUCCUUUUAACAAAGCCUCCGCAGCGGAGUCCCAUACCUAAAAGAAACAGUGAAAAGCUACCGAUGCCAGGAAAUUUGGUUAUGACGUCAGCGUACACCGUCCGUAUAGACCCCCUGGGGUAGGGGUGAAAAAGCUUAGUAGGGUAGGGAAGGGAGUCCCAGACAUAUACUUUGCAUGCACGCGUUUCGUUUUGGCGCAGUGAUGUAGACUUAUGGGUAAUAAUUCUUCUCGUUUAGCCUUGGUAAAUCUCUAUAUUAACUACCUUUGAAUAAUAAAAAAGUUUUAAAUUAUUUUCUUGUUGUUUCAGGAAUGUUCCUUAUUAUUCUUGGAUUCAUCACUUUCCUUAUAUUACUUGGAUUUUUCAUGUACGAACUUCUUACACCAGGAUCCCUCUUCCGAUACUACCUAUGUCGAAUAGGGUCCUCUUCAGGACCCCAACUUAGCUGCAUGUACAACACCAGUGAAGAGGUACGACAGCGUAACUAAUCGCACUUCCACAUGCAUGGGCCAUGCCUACAGUCAAAUGUGAACUGCGAGCAAGCUCUGCAGGACGCUCUGGCGAAGGGGCGAGAAAAGGAAGGAGAGCCUGCAACUGCGUCUGUGGAAUUUGAAUAUCUGUAUCGAAAAAGUCGAUGGGAAAUGCUGAUUGCCGGAGAUGACAUUAGUAAUGACGUCAUUACCCUUGGCACGUAUUUUUCACUGAUUUUUCGCUGAUUGGCUGGAAUCUGACAGCUCAGUCGACGGGGAGCCACAAGGGAAUUGGAAGUGGAAUUCAAAUUUCAGAGACGCAGUUGCAAGCUCUCCUUCCUUCUCCUGCCGCGCCGCCAAAGUGCCCCGGAGAGCUUGCUCGCAGGCUUGAGGCUAUUCCACGAACCGAUAUUGCUUUCUUGGGCCAAUUCUGUGCUGAAUGUAUUAUACUUAGCGCCUUUUCCCGUGCGUACACAAAAUGAUCCUGUAAAGUUUUGAAGAAGACAUCAAACAAAUUUCACCGGCAAGCACCUACCAUAAUAAUUUUUCGGUGAUUUUCACAGCCAGAGCAUUAAAACUUGAAAAAGUAAGCACUUUCACAAUCCAUGUCGAUCCUUACCAUCCGUUGCAACAGACGAAAAAACAGUUUCAAUGCCUAAAUAAACCAUUAUUUUUGGAAUUCAGUUAAUGUGAAAAAAGUUUUAGCCUUUCAAAAAGGUAGCAAAUGGUGUGACACAGACCCUUUAAUCUUACGUGGAGGCGGCAUGGCCGAGCGGUUAGAGCGAUGAAAUUCUAGCCGGAGGCCAAGACUUCAAUCCACCCCCACGUGACCCUCCCCGCCCCCUCCCUCGCCGUCUUAGCUUCUAGCAGGAUGUCUUCUUACUCCUGAGUUCAACUCCUCGCGGUCGCGCUUGUAAAUACCCAACUACCGGUUUGACUCUGUCUAGUUGGUAUUCCUAACCUUGUGAGCCACCACAGUGAAAACUACUGGGUAUACCCUUAUUAAGUCACAUCAGGUUCAAAGGCCAACAUCUUGCAAUUGAGUCAAGUGGUCAAACGAUUAGAUAAUCUGGCUAUUCAACUUGACACUACAAAAGAUAUAUACCUCUGCCUAUUGAUGGCCAGCGUAUUUUUUUUUUCUCAUUGUUUUGGUUACAUUGUCUUGUAGGACGUGCAUGUUCAUUAUAUACCCUUCACGUUACUGAGACUUGAAGAAAAGAUCCCAUCUGGGGAGAAAAAGCCCACUGCAUUGGGAAACGAAACAAGUAAGUUUCUUUUAAGCCACCGAUUUACGACAGACAUGUGACAUCAAACGCAUUCAUGACGUUCUGGGCCGUUUAAGACUGCGUUGCUUUACAUGGGAGAAUUGACCCUUUUACUUCCAGGCUGAAUGAUGGAGUCUUGUCAGGCUGGUUUAUAACGUUUGCACACAUAAGAACGGUUAUUUCGGGGCGAUUUCUGUAAAGGAUCAAAACUGUACUGUACCGCGCCUAUGCCGAAAGUGGGGUUUCACUAUUGGGAUAGGUUCUGUGUCAGACUUUUUUGCAGUGUGAACCGGUAUUCUGAUCUAAAAGGAGGUGAAUAAGUGAAAGCGAGCUCUGGAGACCACUGAGAUAGAACUAAAUAUGAAGGAGUGAGGACUGUAAUUUAGUUCACCAAGCCCAGUCGGCCAACCGCACGAUGUUCGAUGAGUGUCAACGACUUGCUCCAGUCCUGGGCCCUUACUGUUCAUAUAUGAUAUACUGUGGCAGGUAGCUUAUCGCUUCGACGAGAAAUGCUAUCCGGUAUCGCGUAAACGGGCAAUUAAGGUUUCUGGGAAACUGCCCACCUACCCCUCCCCUAAGCUAACAUUAACACUUUGGGCAAAAUGAUGGGUUAGGGGAGGGGCAGGUGGGCAGUUUCCCACCAUCCUUGUGAGUAUAGUCGGAAGAGAGGGGAGGGAGGGAAUCAUUUGCAUAAAACGGAAAGCAGACAUAGCUGCUUGCGUUAAAAAAAGGAGGUGAUUGUGUUGUAACCAGUCAGAUGUCACAUGUGCGUCUGACUGCACGAUUUAUGGAAAUUGCCUCUGUACAAAGGCUUUGCACGGUGAAAGAAACUUUCCUUCAAACUUCAUCGCGAUUAUUUGAUUCCAGUUCGUUAUCUUUGUGAAAUGUAGCUAAAGGCGAAUUCUCCAGGAGUUGUAUUCCUAAGAACGUUAUCCAAAAUCAGAAGGAGAAGAAAAUAUAUCGCACUUGUUUGUUUGCCUACGCCCUCUACAAAAAGUAAAAAUCAGGCAAUUUCACGUCGAAGUCGAGCAGUAACGUUAAAAAAAAAUAAUAACCAAAAAAACAAAAACGAGUGCAUUGCACGUGCAGAAUUGCUGUUCUGCAUGCGUUUGAAAAACCUAAUUUUAAUGCUAGCAUGUUGUUUUCUUGACAGACUCAGUGUUCUACUUUCUCAACCUUGACCGCUGUGCGUAUGGGGGGCGCACAGACGCUAGUAAGUAUUUCCCAGAAAAGACCAAGCCUGUUCGAGGCCCGACGUUUGUGGCAUCGUUCAAGAAUAACUGUUCGAAGAUUUACUCUUAUGAUGGACGGGAGAAAAAGUGGAAAUUGAAGGAAUGCAACACAACAGACUUGACUAUGACCUGCUCUUGCAAUGCCGCAGGAGUUUUUUGUUGUCAGUCUCUUGGACUUCUGAUAAGCUUUGCUGCUUUUUGUUUGUUAGCCUGUGAACAGAGUCCCAACUGAAAGACGAGAAGUAUUGCUAUUCUCGCCGCGCCGCAACCGGAAGGUCUUUUUCAGUUU